AUGGACAGGGGUAAGGGAGCAACCAUUGAGUCAUCUGCCGGUACACGAGAGUUCAUUAAAUGGACUAAGGACAUGGAUGCUAGGCUUUUGCAUUCUAUGAUCGAGGAGACUCGUUUGGGUAAUAGGAUUGAUGGCAGCUGGACCACCCAAACGUAUAAUAACAUGGUUCAAUACCUUCAUAGUUGUGGUUAUGUUAAUGUUAGUAAAAAUAAUGUCAAAAAUCGUCAAAAGGUAUUGAAAGACAGAUGGCGUGAGGUUCAUGACCUCUUUGGUGGAUUGAGCGGUUUUGGUUGGAACGCCGUAACUAUGAGAUUUGAAGCUGAGGACGAAGUGUGGGCUGACCUCAUUCAGUCGAGGCCAAAUGCAACAAAUUGGAGAGUGAAUAGCAUCAGACACUACGAUUUAAUGGUCGAGUUAUGGGCUGCGGAUCGAGCAACUGGGAGUGGUGUAAGGACCGCUCGACAAGCGCGUCGUCAGCGGGUUGCGCCUCGUGUACAGGUUGAUUUGAAUCAGAAUGUGGAGUACAUUCCUGAAGAGCCUACCUAUCAGGAGUAUAGAGACCCAACUCCACCAUCACCUCCUUCAUCCGUUGAUGAGUAUAGUCCAGGGCAGACUCAAUCUGUGCCAUCCGUUCCAUCUGGAGGAACAUCAUCCUCACGAGGUUCAAAAAGGAAGGCACCUAUGGUCGAUGUGAUAGAUGCCCAAUUUGAUAAGUUGACCACUAGCCUCGAUGGUUUCACAAAUGUACUUGACUCUACAAAUGUUCACUUCGGUGUAAUUUCUGGUGCUGUCGUGCGUCAAGUCUCAGCUAUGGAAGAUAGAAAUCAAAUACUCCGUCGCAACUCCACAUACACAUACACAGAGGGUGACAUUUAUGAAAUGUUGAGUGCUAUGAAUAUUGCUGAUGAAAACUUGCUCGAUCAAUGUUAUGAUUUCUUAUGUUCAAACCCCACAUGUACAAAGAGGUUAAUGGGACUUCCACCGCACAAGAGGUGGAACAAGUUAUGUAAAAUGAUCUCUGGUGGUGAAUGUUAG